GAUCAAGACAGAAAUGGAGUUGUCGAGAAGAAAGAUUUCGCGGAAAUUGCUAAUAAUAUCCUAACCAUGACAGAGUGGAAAGAAGGUAGUGCGAUGUGGUUGAAAUGCAAGAAUGUAUUUGCAAACACGUGGGAGGAGUUAAAGCGUGCAGCAGAUGUCAAUCUGGAUGAUAAGGUCACCAUUGAUGAAUGGCUUAACUUUAUGGAGAACACAUGCAAGCAAAUUAAAGCUAAGACCAUGGAUACACCUUCUUGGUAUAGAGCAUGGCUUGAUGUAUUCUUCGAUGUGAUUGAUAGCCUUGGAAAUGCUGAUGGAUGGAUCGAGUGCGAGGAAUUUGUUUCAUUUUUUCGAGUACAUAAGAUUCCAGAUGAAGUGUCUAGGAAGUGUUUCAAUGAAAUUACUUUUGACGGGCGAAUUGCUAUGGAUCGGGAUUAUUUCAAUUUGGUGAUUCUUCAGUAUAGUAUAUCCAACGAUAUGAAUUCCCCCGGGAAUAUCCAUGCUAGAAUGCUGCUUCUCCUCGACGAACAGUUAUAGAAAUCUAUUAUUUGGAGUAAUGACAAUUUUAUUAACGACAAUUGAGCAAACUAGUGUCAGGAAAAUGUGACUAUUUUCCAUAAUGUGACUAUUUCAAAAGGGCUUCUUCGAAUAAAUAAUUUGAAAAAAAGUUCCGAGAAUAGAAUUAACAUAUACGUAUUCAUCUUAUUUAAAAGAAUUUACACAUUUAAUAACGAAUAUAACAAAUUCUUUGCGAAGUACAAC